AUGGACCCAUGGGGAGAGGAGCCCACGUGGAGGUGGUUUGCUCACAGGGCUUGUGACCCCAUGGGGGACCCAUGCUGGAGCAAUCUGUUCCUGAAGGACUGCACCCUGUCGAAGGGACCAAUUCUGGAGCAAUUCAUGAGGAACUGUAGCCCAUGGCAAGGACUGUGGUUGGAGAAGUUUGUGGAGAACUGUCUCCCAUCGGAGGAACCCCACUCUGGAGCAAGACAAGAGGCAAAGAUGGAAAGAGGGGAAGAUGAAGGAAGAGGGAGACAUAAGGAGCAAGGCAAGAUUGGUGUAGUCUUCAAUAUUGGCACAGUGGACAUCUCUAUUAAAGAGGAAAGCACACCUGUAAACGAUGGCAAAUACCAUGUAGUACGCUUUACCAGGAAUGGUGGCAAUGCCACACUUCAGGUUGACAGCUGGCCAGUAAAUGAACACUACCCAACAGGCAACACUGAUAGUGAACGGUUCCAAAUGGUAAAACAGAAAAUUCCCUUCAAAUAUAACCGGCCCGUAGAGGAGUGGCUGCAGGAAAAAGGACGACAGUUAACGAUCUUCAACACCCAGGCGCAAAUAGCCAUAGGAGGGAAGGACAGAGGGCGUCUCUUCCAAGGCCAGCUCUCCGGUCUCUAUUACAAUGGCUUGAAAGUGCUGAACAUGGCAGCAGAGAACAACCCCAACAUUAAAAUCAACGGAAGUGUCCGACUUGUUGGGGAGGUCCCUUCCAUCUUGGGAACAACACCCACAACCUCCAUGCCACCAGAAAUGUCUACUACAGUCAUGGAAACCACAACUACAAUGGCCACCACUACAACCCGAAAAAAUCGUUCACCGCCCAGCAUCCAG